UUUGCAAUUUUUGCGACUCGACUUCGAGUGGCAUGAUGAAUCGCAGAAGCGAACAAGAAGUACUUAUCAAAGAAGAACAAAGGCAAGAACACAAGGACAAGCAUCAAGGAGAAGUAUUAUCGGGAGAAGAAUAUUCAAGAAAAAGAUGGGAAUAUUCUCGGCGGCGCAGUACUGCCUGAGCCACGAACAGUACCUGGGUUCGACAUGUUUCGCCGACGUGGAUCCGCACGGCAUAGCUGGCACGACUGCUCGUGCGACUCGGGGAAGAACCUCCUUCUACGAUGCGGGACAACAAGAACGUCGGAACUACAGUUUUGCCGACGAGGUAAAAAAUCCGGUCGUGCCAUGGCAAGAUAUCAAUAUUCUCGGAAGUAGUAGUGGUCCUCGUCGUGCAUCAACAGCUUCGAAAAACAGCACCAUGGGGAAGAUCAUGACACUGAAGUUGACAAACCCGAAACACCACCUCUACACGAAUUUCCUGACGUUCAACAAACCUUUCAUCUAUCCGAGCGCACACGAUGAACAGCUCGUCGGCCCUCUGCCUCAUGGUCAUGUGAUGUCAGGCGAAAACCGCGUCGCUGCCUGUUUGUCCUUUGGCACUGUUUCUUGCAGGAAAUCAAGGUAGUUUGUUGAUAUUCGGGACCGCAAUAUUUUUAAAGUAAGAGCUAGAGCACCACGUACGGUGUUGGUGUUCAGCACCGCGUGUAGAACUAGAACCGACGUUAUCGAGAUGCGAAAGCUCCCAUGUUGGUGGUGCUUGUUCUGCUGCUGCAGAAGAGGCCAACAUGAUGCAAAUGAGGAAGGGGCGGGGAUGAAGUUGUUGUGCAAGCGCAUAUCAUCGACGCCGAGGCCAGUAAUACGUACGACAGUUAUCAAAUGUAAAAAUGUCUGGGUCUGGAAACUUGUGAUGCUGGGUGGCGUAUCAUGAGGAAGCCAUAAGUGCUGGCUCAGCAUGACAAGUUUCUGAGCUUCUAGGUGUUGCCUAUUCAGCAUGACAAACUGCGUUUUUGCACGACAGGAAAGUGGGGCUCUUGGGUAAGUAACCUGCAUGACAGGUUUAAGUGUCAUGCCAGAUAAGCAUGACAAAUCGCGCAUUCUUCCAGACCCAGACAUUUUUACACUUGAUAACAGUGGCGCUAACCCGAUGUUCGGGGCGAAGCGCGCCCUGGACCCCGGGGGCUAUCCUGUGUAAAAACGUCCCCAUACCAGAGUCAAAUUGGGGACUUUGCAACACAAACCUUGAAGUUUUGGGAAGCACGCAUGACAAAUUGUAGGCUGUAGUGUAGUGCAGUUUAGCAAACAAAGCCGCAUAACAAAUCCAUCUCCAUAUCCUGUUUACAGCAUUACAAGUUCCAAAAUACAACGGGAAAUGCCUCUCAUCGGGAUGCGCAUUACAAACGCUCUUGUGCUUGCAGAUCUGCAUGACAACUCUGCGGUGGGGAUGUUUUUACACAGGAUAGGGGCGGCUACUGGGUCAGUGACGGGCAGCACGGGAAGGAAGAAGUGAUCAGCAUCCAGGCAUCCUUGAAGCACCGCCACCGAAGCAACGGCGUCAGGAUCAACUGGGCCUAUGCCCCGGGAAUGGUAAAAAUGAAAGACCGCACAUUUCUUCGUCUUCCUAGAAGAUAGAGCGCACUUAUUUAUUCGCGUGUUAUUGCGAUGCAGCACCAGCACAGUCCUGCAACUUGGCUUCACUUCACUUCAGUAAAAGUUGAUGACGGGAACAAGGCGAACUUGUUCAACUGAUAUUAUUUCUCUCUGUCUAUACUCAGGUCCGCGUGCGGGUUUCGUCCGACGGAAAGCAUUUCUCCGACAGCGUUUGCUGGACAAAGACGACCGUGCCGGACGAAAGCUACGAGCAGGUGCUAGAGUUCGACCGUCCGCGAAACAUCAUGGCGGUCCGGAUUGACAUGAAGCAGCCCAGAUCGUACAAGUAUUUCGGAAUCAACCAGAUGUCGUUACGCUGAAGGAGGUGAAAAAAGCGACCGUAUAAUAUUAUCGAUCCGGUUUUUAUUUAUUGCAAUGAGGUGUAAGACUAAGAGUAAGGCGGUCUCAGGAGUUCUUGCCUGUAGUUGCAACCUAAUCUGGUUGGUAUUCUUUUGCUUGAUUUUCAUUUUGCCCUCCCUCGCCUUACAAGCAUGCUCUGCAAGAGCUGCGCAGCAAAGAAGUGUCGCUGGUGACCGCAUUCCGUUUCUUGACAGGACAAGAAGCAAGUACAAUUACCUAGUGUCGAAGAUAGACUUCGCUUUUGCACCAGCUGCGCCGAUGACUACUGGAAUUAGAGAAUACACGACAACUCCAAUAAAGAUGAAAAGAAUCACCAGCCAGCGCUUCGCGCUUUUUCUUGCCUGCAGUGUUUGUUUGCAAGGAGCUCGGCUUUUGCUUCCAGCACGUGAAGAUGCGGGAUCAGGAAAGGAUU